UCAUCGGCAUCAUGGAGCUUUCGGUGAUCCUGAGAGCAACGAUUCUUUUCGGAGCCGCCACAGCUUUGCCUCCACUGUUCCCGCGACUCUACAUGGAACCUUGCGGAGACGGAGCCGGAGUCUGCAUGACAGGAAUCGAAUGUGGUUUCCAGAGGGGUCGGUCUCUGGGAAGUUGCGCUCUGGGGACCUGCUGUCGGCUGGAGAAAACUUGCGGAGGGAGAAUCGUGGCGAAUAAUACGUACUUCGUGAGUCCGUAUGAGUCCGUGCGCGGCGGAUCCUCAUGCAGCGUUGAGGUUCAGAAGAAAUGGCACAUCUCGGGAGUUUGUCAAAUGAGAUUGGAUUUCAUCGAGUUUGAUACUGUUGGACCUAACUUUGCCACGGGUGCUUGUAUCCAUGAUUCCUUCAGCGUAUCCGGAGCCGAUCGAUCGGUUCCAACCAUCUGUGGCCGCAACAACAAACAACACAUGUACAUCGAUGUCAGAAAUGCGCGGAGCAUCCGUUUGAAUGUCAACCUCGGUCAAAACUCCACGAGCAGACAGUGGAAGAUUCGGGUGACGCAGAUUCCCUGCUAUUCCGAGCGACUCGCGCCAGCCAAUUGUCUGCAAUACUUCGAAGAGGACUCCGGGAUUAUAUCCAGCUUCAACUACGGGAACCUCUUCAACGAUUCUUCCUAUCCACUGGAUUUGAGAUAUCAGAUGUGCUUCCGUGAAGCUUGCAUCGUGCAAUUGACUCAGGUCGGACCGUUCGGUCUCGGAGAGAAACCCGAGGCAUCCGGCAGGUUCGCCGAUAAUCUCGGUGAUUUGUCUGACAGAACCUGCGACGACUUGACGAGCUACGACGAGAACAGAAAACGGAAAGCGUACCUCACCAUCGACGGGAUCAAGUUCUGCGGGAACAAAUUCCUGCGCAGUUUUCGCACCAGGAAUGCGAUUUCAUCGAUCGGAUUCAACUCACCCGAGAGAGAAGAAGGACGCGAUGACUACGGUAGGGCACCGUAUUCUGGCUUCCAGCUCCAAUACAAAAGUAAUUGCGGCAGACUCCUCAAAUGA